CCACUCCUGUCUUCUUUAUCGAAGUGCACCUUAUAGCUUCGAGUUCGGCCAAGCUCGGUCAUUUCGUUAAAUUUCAGAGGAGAAUGGAGGUUACCCGAGUGUGUGUUUUGAACGUUAUUUCACAAUGGUGCCUUUUAGCUAGUGGCUGCAAGAAAGAAGAAGGGGGGGGGGGGUAGGUGUGAAACACCGCGGGUCGGGUCUCCCAUAGCUACCGCAAGCUGAAGAGCGGGGUGUACGCCAGUAGCCGCUCAUGUGAUGUCUUUCUCGGACGCUUUAUCACCUCGCACGGACCCUCCCCUCCACAAUCCCAAAAGAUAAUCUUUGGCCCGAACAUGAGGAGGAGAGUAGCCGGCUUCGAGCGUGCCCUGAACGGCGUGCCCCUGUGACGAGCCCUGCCCUUUCCCUCACCCUCUCCUUCCCCCCAGGAAACACCCAGCACUCGUCCAAGUGCGGGCACAACAUGACUGGUUUCAAGCAGGAGAAUGUCGAGGACUUUUAUGAGAUUGGAGACGAGCUGGGCAGCGGCCAGUUCGCGGUGGUCCGACGGUGUCGUCAGCGGAGCACGGGCGCCGAGUUCGCCGCCAAGUUCAUCAAGAAGCGGCGCAGCAAGUCCAGCCGACGCGGCGUGACGCGGGAGGACAUCGAGCGCGAGGUCAACAUUCUGAAGGAAAUCCAACACCCCAACAUCAUCACGCUGCACGAGGUCUUCGAGAACAAGGCCGACGUCAUCCUCAUUCUGGAGCUCGUGGCCGGCGGAGAACUCUUUGACUUCCUGGCGGAGAAAGAGUCGCUGAGCGAAGAGGAAGCCACGCAGUUCCUGAAGCAGAUCUUGGAUGGAGUUUCCUACCUGCACUCCAAACGCAUCGCUCACUUUGACCUCAAGCCGGAGAACAUCAUGCUGCUGAGCCGCUCGAUGCCUCACCCGCGCAUCAAGCUUAUUGACUUUGGCCUGGCGCACAAGAUCGAUUUUGGAAACGACUUCAAAAACAUUUUCGGAACGCCCGAGUUUGUCGCUCCUGAGGUGGUGAACUACGAACCGCUGGGUUUGGAGGCGGACAUGUGGUACGUACGAAAACACAUCCGCAGUUCAGCCAACUCUGCUGACAGAAGUAAAGCCUUUUGUCUUUGUCUCUGCAGGAGUGUUGGUGUGAUCACGUACAUUCUACUGAGCGGCGCUUCGCCUUUCCUGGGCGACAACAAGCAGGAGACGCUGGCCAACGUGUCGGCCGUGGAUUACACUUUUGACGACGACUUCUUUGGCGGCACCAGCGUCCUGGCCAAAGACUUCAUCGCCAGACUCCUCGUCAAAGACCCCAAAAAGAGGAUGAGCAUUCAGGACAGCCUUCAGCACCCCUGGAUCAAGCCCAAAGACACACAACAAGCGCUCAGCAGAAAAGAGUCUGCAGUCAACAUGGAAAAGUUCAAAAAGUUUGCAGCGAGAAGAAAAUGGAAACAAUCUGUACGCCUCAUCUCCCUGUGCAACCGCCUGUCACGCUCCUUCCUGUCCCGAAGCAACAUGAGCGUGGCGCGCAGUGACGACACAUUGGAUGAGGAAGACUCGUUUGUGAUGAAGGCCAUCGUCCACGCCAUCAACGACGACAACGUUCCGGGCUUGCGCCAUCUGCUGGGCUCGUUGAACAGCUACGACGUCAACCAGCCCAACAGGCACGGCACGCCGCCGCUGCUCAUCGCCGCCGGCUGCGGCAACGUCGACAUCAUCCAGCUGCUCGUGAGGAAAGGAGCCCUCAUUCAAGCCCACGACAAGAGUGGCGCCAACGCCAUCUAUUAUGCAGCGAGACACGGCCACGUGGACACUCUCAAAUUCCUCCAUGCCAACAAAUGUCCUCUGGAUGUACAAGAUAAGUCUGGAGAAACAGCUCUCCACGUGGCGGCCCGCUACGGCAACGUGGACGUGGUCAGCUACCUGUGCAGCAUCCGGGCCAACCCGGACCUCAACGACAGGGAGCAAGAGACGGCUCUGCACUGCGCCGCCUGGCACGGCUACUCGGCCGUGGCGCGGGCGCUCUGCCGGGCCGGCUGCCGCGUGGACGCCAAGAACCGCGAGGGCGAGAGCGCCCUGCUCACAGCGUCCGCCCGUGGCUUCGUGGACAUCGUGGAGUGCCUGGCGGAGCACGACGCCGACCUGGAGACUGUCGACAAGGACGGCCACACGGCCCUCCACUUGGCCGUGCGGCGAUCCCAGCUUGAGGUGGUCCGCUGCCUGCUGGCGCGUGGCUGUCAGCUGGACCGCCAGGAUCGCCAUGGAAACACACCGCUGCACAUCGCCUGCAAGGACGGAAACCUGCCCGUCGUCGUGGCGCUCUGCAGCGCCCGAGCCGUCCUUGACAUCCCUAAUAAGUAUGGCCGGACACCUCUCCACUUGGCUGCCAGCAACUGUGGUCUGGAAGUGGUGCGUCACCUCUGCCUGUCUGGAGCCAACACGGAGGCCGUCACCAACGAUGGAAAGACUGCUGAGGAUUUGGCUUCAGAUGAGCAACAUGACAAUAUAGUGGCCUUGUUGGGAAAGCUUAAAAAGGACAACCACAAAAUAGCCUUCAUCCAGCAGUUGCGGCCCACGCAGACGGCGCAGGCACGCAUCAAGCUCAAGCUUUUCGGCCACCAGGGGGCAGGCAAGAGCACGCUGCUGGAGUCGCUCAAGUGCGGCAUCCUGCGAAGUUUUUUCCGUCGCCGCCGGACCACCCGCAUGAGCAACGCGGCACGACACCCCAAUUCUCCGGUCAACUCCAAACCCGCCGUGUCGGUGAGCAUCUCCAACUUGUAUCCGGGCUGCGAGAACGUGAGCGUGCGCAGUCGCAGCAUGAUGUUCGAGCCCAGCCUGACCAAAGGCGUGCUGGAGGUGUUCUCGCCUGUGCACGGCGGCCUCUCCCCCGCUACUGCCGCCACCGCCGACGAGCAGGCCACCAGGGCUGUCGACAUCCAGCACGCCAACAUCCAUGGAGUAGGAGAUUUCAGCGUAUGGGAGUUUUCCGGCAACCCCGUCUACUACUGCGCCUACGACUACUUUGCGGCCAACGACCCCACGGCGGUCCACGUUGUGGUCUUCAGUCUGGAGGAGCCGUACGAGAGCCAGCUGAGCCACGUCAGCUACUGGCUCAACAUGCUGAAGGCGCUCACGCCGCCGCACCCCCACAUCCUGUUCGGCGGCAGGGUCCAGCAGCCUCUGGUGGUGGUGCUGGUGGGCACGCACGCGGACCUGGCGGACGUUCCCCGAAGUUUCUCCGGAGAGUUCAGCUACAAUAAAGAAAGAGCGCUCCUUAAGGAAGUCAGGAGCAGGUUUGGAAACGACCUGCAGAUCAGUGACAAGUUGUUUGUGAUGGACGCCGGCGCCUCCAACUCCAAAGACGUCAAGCUUCUCAAGAAUCAUCUGCAGGAGCUGCGGUCGCACAUCAUCUCUAGCUGCGGUGGCAUGACGCUGCUGUCGGAGCGUCUGCUGGCGGCGCUGCCCGCCUGGCGCAAGCUGAGCGGACCCAACCAGCUGACAUCGUGGCAGCAGUUUGUCAGUGACGUCCAGGAGAACAUCAACCCGCUGGUCAGUCAGCAGCACCUCAGAGGCCUGGCGCUUCAGCUGCACAGCAUGGGAGAGAUCAACAUCAUGCAAAGUGAAACGGUGCAGGACGUGGUCUUGCUGGAGCCACGCUGGCUGUGCAGUGCUGUUUUGGGCCGCUUGCUGUCCGUGGAGACGCCCAAGGCCAUCCACCACUACAGGGGGCGCUACAGGCUGGAGGAAGUGCAAGCCCUGGCUCCCGACAGCGACGUGGAGGAGCUGCUGCAGAUCCUGGACGCCAUGGACGUGUGCGUCCGGGACGCCGCCGACCCCGCCAUGGUGGACGUGCCCGCCCUCAUCAAGGCGGGCGGUCUGCGGCGCUCCUGGACGGAGGAUGACGCCGAGGGGGAUUCCGCCGCCGUCUACGGGGGCGUCCGGCUGGUGCCCGCCGAGCACCUGGCUGCCUUCCCCUGCGGUUUGUUCCACAAGCUGCAGGUCACCCUGUGCCGAUGGAGUCGGCAGCAGAAGCCCGAGGACGACGAGGACGACGAGGAAGAGAGAGAGGCCGACAUUCAUCUGUGGACAGACGGAGCCAAGGUGAGCCGGUCAGGUGCGGAGGCCAUGGUGCUGCUGGUCAACCACGGCCAGGGCGUGGAGAUCCAGGUGCGCGGGCACGAGUCUCAAAGGGCCAAGUGCUACGCCCUACUGGACGCCGUGUGCGGCAUCGCCGAGAACCUGCUGGCGUCCACGCUGCCGGGCCUGCUGACCGCCAAGUACUACCUCAGCCCCCAGCAGCUCCGCGAGCGACACGCUCCCGUCAUGGUCUACCAGCCCAAAGACUUCCUGAGGGCGCAGAUGCAGAGGGAAACGUCGCUCACCAACACCAUGGGUGGAUACAGGGAGAGCUUCAGCGCCAUUCUUGCCUUUGGCUGUGCAGAGGUGUACCACGGCGGUGUCCUGGGCCCGGACAUCCACAUCACUGACGUCCCGCUACUAGCUCGCCGCAAGCUGUGCCGCAUGCUGGACCCGCCCGACGCCCUGGGGAAGGACUGGUGCCUUCUCGCCAUGAACCUCGGCCUCAGCGAGCUGGUGGCGAAGCACAGCGGCAACGGGACGCCGCCUGGCGAGACGCCACCCAUUUCCCCGCCCAGCCCGACCGCCGCCCUGCUGCAAGAGUGGAGCGGGCGCCCGGGCAGCACGGUAGGCGUCCUCAUGCUCAAGCUGCGGGAGCUAGGCCGAAGGGACGCCGCUGACUUCCUCCUCAAGGCCUCGCCCGUCUUCAGAGUCGACGGGCGGGGGCUGGGCGGCGACGCCAACGGUUACCCUGAUGGUUACGCCGCCACCUGCAACGGGGGCACGUCCUACAACUCCAUCAGCUCUGUCAUUUCCCGCUAACCCCUCCAUGCUGCACGCCGCCACAUUGCGUGUCAGACUCCAGCGUGAGGGAACUUUAACGUCCGUCAUUUGGUUCCCCGAUGAAUGUUGGUUGCCCCCAAAGAGGAAGUCCAAGCCGCCUUCUUCCCUACCUUGCUGUUUUGCUUGUAAGGUACCAACCAAAACAGGGUCCAAACCCGCCUGGCCACUUUUCGCCUAAAUGGAUUAUCAACUCUGCCUCCGUUUGUAAGGAACCAUUUGCCGAGUUCCCAGUGAAGUCAUUUCCACCACGGUAUCAAUUGCGUAGCAGUGUGAAGUUUACCACACAAGACUUGCUUUUGUGUCGAAAGCAAUUGUCACUGUCCCAGAAGUUGACCAGGCCUUUGAACUGCAAGUCAAAUGGGAGCCCUAAGAGCGGCGGGACGACGGGUGAGAGAAAUCGAAUUCUGCAACGUCAAGGUUUGAAGUUCAUCAUUCAUUUCUUCCGCCCCUUUGGGUACCUCAAGAGCGCCUUUCACCAUCGAUGCGGAUUGGCGGUGAAUGAAACGCACCGGCGAAUUUAACAGCGUCUGAGUCGCUGAUCACGACCCCUCUUACUCCCCAAUGGCCGUGCGCCAGUAAGCUGUUAACUCCUCCGCCAGUGUUGGCAAGGCUUUGAGAUUCUGUUUUAUUUUUUAUUCACCUCCCUUUGCUGCUUCUGUAACCGUUUUUACACCUGUAAUGUGGUGGUCAUGAUCGGAUCGCGGCAACACGCCACCUUCGCCGCGCUCUGCGUGAAAGGCACCGACGGACAAAUGCUGGAUCCGCUGUUACGUCUCGUCUCGGAUCAGCGAUUGCGUUGACAUGAUCUCAUCGGAAGGUGGCGUGACGCCAUCUUGGCUUGGUCCUUUGUGAAAGGCAGUUUAAAGUGAACCAAACAACAAAUGUGAACACUGCCUUGUCUGUCCAGUGUAUGUAUAUGUCCGUCUUACACAUUUUAGCGUAUGUAUCGUCGAUCGUUUCCGCAGCCAAAGUGAUAACCUAAUCACCACGCGUUCGUCUCGGCCUUUUCUUCGGUCCCGCCGCAGCAUUUUAUCCAAGUGCCUUUGCGGCCUUCUACCUCCCCUAAGCACAAAUAAGAGCAGGCGUGCCUUGUCCGCACACUACAAUUCCGUUUACUAAAAAACCCAAAAGGAAUCAAAGUUGAGGUUUUGUUUGGGUCGUCAAAAGUGGAUUUUUAUGUUGAAUGGCUGGAAACACCGUAAAGAUAUACACCCAAUAAACAUGUUAAAAAUGAUAAACAGUUACUAAUUUAAUCUUCCAUCGAUGAUCUUUUUUUUUUUAAACAAUAAAGAUAACACUAAAAAUAGUUAGAUUUUAAUGUGGAGCACUUAAAAGGGAAUUCAAUGUUAAGUUUCUGUUGUAUUUGCAUAAUUGACCCCCCCCCCCCUAAAAACACUUAUUGGAGGUUUAUCCCCAUUUUGUCAAGAAUGUUUGGGAUAAAAAAAAAAAAAAAUUGCAGCACGCAUGCUUAGGACUUCUCUGCUCAUCGGGUGACAUUGAUCAUGUCCACCUGACUUUGUGUUGAUCAGUGAAAAUGGUAUCUAAGUUUCUGGCAGCUUUAUUCAUCACUCAAGAGGAAAUUCAUGGCACACACCAAAUGUUGCAAGUUUGGGCCAUGUUAAAGUCUGAUCGCUGGAAUCCCCCCCUAAAAUGGGUGCUUUAAACCAAAAUGGAUGACAAUUUGCAAAAGGGGUCCUUUACCAGACUCUUUGAUGCGUUGCGUCAAGGUCGACGAGUUCAACAAAACUGGUUGAAUGUUUUUAACUUUCUAGAGACGCAACUGAGUGAAAUUGGGGAGUUUGAGGGAACCAUACUAGAAUUUGCAAAAUUGUCCAAUCCCUUUUUUUUUUAAAGAUAUGAAAUUUGCAUGUUAUUUUUUUCGCGCAAUUCCAGCCAGCUCAACACAAAAAAUCAAAUUUGAUUUGAAUCUUCCUCUCAGGAAAACGGCAAAUGUAAAGCUGAUGUUAGCUGUUAGCCGGUUAGCGCCAUAGAGUAACAAAAGUAACCCUUUCCCCGAAUUGACGUUUUAUACCCCGUGGAUUUAGCGUCCUCCAUAUUAUCUUUAAAGUUCUCUACUUUGCCAUCAACACACCCUUCAUUUUUCUUUUAGUUUCCUCGUUUGCCCAUGUAAACGAGCCAAAAGCUGCUAAAUGUUACAUGUUGACCAUGUUUCUAAAAAGUCUAUUUUGAUCCAGUCCUUCCACUUUGUCAUAAUCUUUUGCUUGAUUUUUUUUUUCUCUUACUUUUUUGUCACUUUGUUUGUUAUGCUAAUUGAAUGUAUGAGGGGGAAAAGAAAACACACUGAGGUUCAUUAUUUUUGUGUAAAUGUUGCCAAUGUUGUGUGGCUUUAAACAUACCAUGGCCUUGUCCAAUAUCACACCCAGUAUGAACCGAAAAGGAUCAAUGUUUUGUUUUUAUUUUUCUACGUAAUAACAUCAUUGUCUCUGACCAAAACAGAAAAUAAUUUUAAAAAGCUUCUAAGAUUUUUUUUUUCUAUGUCCGCUCUAUUUAUGUUCAGUUCGUUCAGCAUGUUCUCAGUUCUUUAUAGUGUGAUAUUUUUUUUAUAAACAAUAAUUAAAAAACUUUUCUGAAUGUUAA